CUGGGACAAUGCGAACAAAGCAGAGAGGAAUUCAGAAUUGCCGACCACUCAUUCGAACAUGCGAGAAACAGGUUGAGAAUCAUGGCCGACCGAGCUUGUAGAGACAUUAUCGCCAAAGAGGAAGAAGAAAUUGCCAAGAUUAAAAACAAAUCCUGCUUACUAAGAGAAAAAUUAAAACAAAUUACAGAGCAGCGAGACAAGAAGUUUGUGGAAAUUCAGAAAAGCAACCAUGACCACAUCAAUCGAGCUGAGCAAAUCGUAGCGACUGUCAACGACCUGAUGCGGCAAGCCGACGACUUUGAGCUUUUAGAUCUCAAACCUAAGGUGAUGCACAACUUACAGUUCCAAGAGAAACUCCAGUUGAAUCGAGCACAGCUUGACCUUUCGUUCAUCGGCGUCAAAUAUCAAGAUGUCGUGAGGGAUUUAGAUCUCGGGGAAAUAAUGCAAGAAGAGAAAUGGCAACUGAAGGUGGAGUUUGGUGAAGGACGGGGAGAUAGAGCAUUGAACUGUGCUACAGACGUUGCUUUUAUGACCAAUGGCGAUGUUACUGUAACAGACACAGACAAGAAGCAAGUAAUGAUUUUCACUUCAUCUGGGAAGUAUAAAGGAACCCUAGGUCGCGACAAAUUAGAAGACCCAUGGGGGACUGCUGUGACCUGUGAUAACCUGCUGCUGGUAACUGAUGGAAAACACGUGAAAAUGUUCGAUUCCGAUCUUGAAUUCGUUCGCCAGCUCUCGCCAGUACCGAAGGAUGCGCAAGAUUAUGCAGACAUCGACGUCUGUGGUAUCGCGGUGGACAAACAGAAUCGCAUUGCUGUGGCAGACCGUGGCAGAAAGUUGAUAUCUCUCCACAACCUUGAUGGGUCCUUGAUUACGACCAUCGCACAUGGCAUGGUUGCUUGGGGUUUGGCGGUCGGCGUUCAGGAAUGCGUGAUCUUCGCCAACUACCACCAAAAUAAAUUGAUUUGCGUCACGUAUCAAGGAACUGAAAAGUUCAGUGUCAGCACCUCAUUCAAUGGAAAACCUGUGUGGCCUUACGGUGUGUGCUGCAGUGAAACCGGUGACAUCUACGUUACUGUAGAUACCGCCUUGGAAGGCGGAAUCGGUAAAGUCCUUCAGUAUACACCCGAAGGCAUCUUUGUUGGGCAGGUGGCUGAUGGACUCUUCAACCCCUAUGGAUUGUCUUUUGCUCCAAAUAGAGACCUUGCGGCGGCCGACCAGGUCUCUCUCAAGAUCUACCAGCGGGUAACUCUUUCAACUGUUACCACCUUCCCUGGCAAAUGAAAUACCGACGCCAUUGGACUUGUGUACGACUGGUUUGAGUGUUAACGGAGCAGCACUGUGUCAGUUCCCGUCAUUUUCUGUCUCAUUUAAAGUGCUUUUCUCGCGGGAUGACCUACAGUACACGGAGGAAUCAUUUCAGGUUUAGUGCUUAGAAGCGAUAUUUCAUUUGCAUUUUAACCUCUGCGAUACUUUAUGACGAUAAUACUGACUGAUUUGCUUUAUCAUGAUAUUAUAGUAACUUUCCUUUGUCUGAAUCCUGUGGAAUCAGUGACUGGAUGAAAGUAAACUUGUAAUCCCUUAUCUAGCUUCCAUCACAUUGCACCUUGUAAUGGCUGCGAGAGAGGAAGAACUUUAAGAGACAUCAAGUUUUGGUAAUUUGAUAUGUAAUAGUCAAGUGAAAUGAGUUCAAUACUCUCGAUUAUUUGAUACAUGAUUAUUUGUGUUGGAAAAUUACAAAAAUCACUAUUCACACGGUGUUUCACGAAUGAUCAUAAAUUAUAGGCUAAAUUAUCUGAUUGCCACUGAGAAUCCACCAUCAUUCCUAUUGAUACUUCCUGAAUUUUCUUAUUUGAUGUUUUGAUUAAUGGCUUCAGACAAAAUUACGGAAAUGUGUUUCAAGGACAAGGUUAUACUAAGUAGAACAUAACGAAUUUACCACGAAUGAUGCACGUGCGGUAGAGUAGUCUCACUAGUGAUAUGAGUUUGUAUAUUCACGCUAAAUAAAUAACUAUAUUUGUAUCUAUAAAAUCCAUUGCUCGGUCCACACGCCAAGAUGUUUGAUAAGUUUUGAAUUAUAUUCCAGGCUACAUGGACAAAUACCGCUUUGACACGUCAGAUUUCCUUUUAUGCACAAAAUAAUAACAUUCCCAUGUUCAUAUUAAUUUGCAAUCCUCAGCUGAUUCUUCUGAAAGCAGAUUUAAAUUGCAUCUUACAAUACCGUAAGUCUAUUAAAUAGAACGUUUAAAGGUUGUUGGCGUUUUCCCUAUUAUGUUAAACACUUUGAAUUCAUGUUAAGUUUGUCACAUUUUGUAUUCAUCAGCAUACUUUAGGACGAGAUUCUUUUCAUGAUUUGCCAUUCGUGCCGGCCAAUUAUAGUUGUGUUGCAAUUUUUGGAUAUUUCAAAAACAGAUUUGCGCCGAUCCCAAGAUACUGGAUUGUCUGCACAGCUUUUGCCUGAACUG